AUGAGCGGUAGAGCAGGUUCAGCAGGUUAUGAUAUGGGCAUCAUUUUCUCGCCACAGGGAAAGCUCUAUCAGGUCGAGUACGCCUUCAAGGCUAUAAAAUCAGGAGGUCUGACCUCAAUCGGUAUCAGGGGAAAGGAUACUGUUAUUGUUGCAGCUCAGAAGAAGAUUCCAGACAAGCUUAUCGACGGAUCAACCAUCACUUCAAUCUAUAAACUAACAGACUAUAUUGGAUGUAUUCAGACUGGUAUCAUUCCUGAUGCAAAGCAACAGGUUCAGAGAGCUAGACACGAGGCUGCAACCUUCCAUCAUAAAUUCGGAUACCAAAUCCCUCCCAACGUCUUGGCCAAGAAGAUUGCCGAUCACUCUCAGCUCUCCACUCAACACUCUUCAGCCAGACCACUAGGUGUUUCUAUGAUACUCAUUGGAAUUGAUGAUCAACUUGGACCACAACUGUUCAAGAUGGACCCAUCAGGAGCCUACUUUGGCUACAAGGCUACCAGCGCUGGUGAGAAGGAGCAAGAGGCUACCAACUUCUUGGAGAAGAAGUUCAAGUCCAAUCCACAACUGUCAAGAGAUGAGCUCAUUCAGCUUGCCAUAUCUACACUGCAGAAUGUUUUGGGAGCUGAUCUGAAGGCUGCCGACAUUGAGAUUGGAAUAUGUUCAUUGGAGAACAAGAGGUUCAGCUUGUUGCCAGAGGAGGAGAUCGACACUCAAUUGACUAGAUUGGCUGAGAGAGAUUAA